AUGAAAGAGGACGCAGACACGGAAGAGCCCUUUGCUGUGAAAGUGGAGAUAGGACCGUUUGGAGUGAAAGAAGAGGAGCCCUUUUCGGUGAUGAAUGAUGCAACGGUGAAUACACAGGGAAUGUGUUUUAGCGUGAAAGAGGAAGAGAAGGCCAUCCAAAUAAAAGUGGAGGAUGCUCGAUUGGAGGACCGCAAAGAUCCGACUGUUUGCAAUGACCUUAUGGAGAACCGAUCGAACGACAGAUGGACCGACAACGACGUCCAGGCCUUAUUGAGUGUUUGUGCUGAGGACCAAAUCCAGCGGGAGUUUGAAUCGGCGGUCCGUAAUGAUAAGGUGUAUGCGAAAAUAUCCUGCAUGUUAAAUGAGCUGAACAUUAUUCGCACUGGGAAACAGUGCCGGGAGAAGCUUAAAAAACUAAAACAGGAUUACAAGAAAAUCAAGAACCACAAUAACCGAAGCGGCUCUGACCGGCGGAGCAGCAAGUGGUUUGAACGUCUGGAUGCGUUGCUGGGCCACAGGCCGGCCUUAUCUGGCGCCGCGGCAACGGUUGACUCUGCUACUGCGUUGGUGGAAGACACCGAAACGGACAACCAGUCGGUUGAAGAUGACCUUAUGGAGAACCGAUCGAACGACAGAUGGACCGACAGCGACGUCCAGGCCUUAUUGAGUGUUUAUGCUGAGGACCAAAUCCAGCGGGAGUUUGAAUCGGCGGUCCGUAAUGAUAAGGUGUACGCGAAAAUAUCCUGCAUGUUAAGUGAGCUGAACAUUAUUCGCACUGGGAAACAGUGCCGGGAGAAGCUUAAAAAACUAAAACAGGAUUACAAGAAAAUCAAGAACCACAAUAACCGAAGCGGCUCUGACCGGCGGAGCAGCAAGUGGUUUGACCGUCUGGAUGCGUUGCUGGGCCACAGGCCGGCCUUAUCUGGCGCCGCGGCAACGGUUGACUCUGCUACGGCGUUGGUGGAAGACACCGAAACGGACAACCAGUCGGUUGAAGAUGGAACGGACAGGCCCGCUGAACCGCAGGCUGCAGAGAUUAGUGUGUUUUCACCUGUGACCGUCAGCAGCCCUCGUCUCAUGUGUCCUGCUGAAGGCAACAAACGCCAAGGAAAGAGGAAACGAGACACAGACUUCCUUGACGCGCUGAGGGACAUGGACGACGCUAACCGAGCCGUCCUGCAGCGGGGACAGGAGCAGCGGGACCAGUAUAUGCAGCUGUUACUUGACAGCCUGGCAUCGGAAAGAGCUGAAAGAGCCGAGGAGAGAGCUGAAAGAGCCGAGGAGAGAGCUGAAAGAGCCGAGGAGAGAGCUGAAAGAGCCGAGGAGAGAGCUGAAAGAGCCGAGGAGAGAGCUGAAAGAGCCGAGGAGAGAGCUGAAAGAGCAAUGAGGAAGCGAGAGUUGGCGUUCCUCGAGUCUGAGAAGGAAGAAACUAGGUGGCUCCAGAGAGAGUUUCAUGGUGGGUUUCUAUCUGUUCUUGGCCUGCUUGCCCAGUCGCUGAGCCAAAUAAACAGCCACACUGCUCCACCACUGGACUAA